AAAGAUUUUGAGGAAUUCAAAUGUAACAAGCAAAAGAAAAGAAGAAAAAAAUGACAGAGAGGAGUUGAAAGAGGAGGCUGACCGUUUUAUCAAGCGAAUCAAGUACUGACAGUGACAACAAUAAUAAUAGAGCAGAGAGCAGAAAAUGAAAGCAAACAAAACACCAAAAAAAAUAGAUGAUUUAAAGCCAUGAUGGUUCUCGAUGAAAAAGGUCUGCUUGGAAGGCUGUUUGCUGAAUUGAAUUAGUUUCUUGAAAUUUCUGCAAAUUCUUCUAUUUGAUUUUUCCUAUGAAUUCUUUGGUGGUAGAAAUUUGAAGUUUUUUCCUAUGAAUUUGUUGGGGGUUGAAAGAAAGCAAAAGUACUGUUUCGAGUUGGAGAGGCAGAAGAGGAGGAAAGAAUAUUGAGGACUGAAAUUGGUGGGGGACUGUUUGACAGGCGUUGAAGGGUUGGUGGGUCUGCUCUCUUUUUAACCUCUUUCUUGGGAAAAUUUUGAAGGGUCUACUAUUUUUUUGUCUGCACACUCAAUAUUCCAUCUAAGAAAGCCAGCUUGCCUCUUUCCAGAUAUUUAUUUAUGUUAAGCUCUUCAGUAGAAGGAAACCCGUCUCAGUCAGCUCCACUUAUAGGAGUCACGGUUACACUUCUCUCUCCCUCCCUCUUUUGAAGGACCUUUCUGGGUUCAAAAAGUGAUUUGGGUUACUGAUGAGUAUAGCAGAUCUGGGUUAGUUGUGGGGGUGAGAAUGCUUGUGUUGGAUCUGCUGCUGAUCUGGUUUAUCUGGUACAGGUUAGUCAGAAGAUUGGGAAUUCACUUCAUUGAUCAAGAACAUGAACAAGGCGGCGCUAGUGGCUAUUGUUGCUACAAUUGGUAACCUCUUGCAAGGUUGGGAUAAUGCUACUAUUGCAGGAGCUGUGGUUUACAUAGUGGAUGAACUCAGUUUAGGAACUAGUGUCGAAGGUCUUGUUGUGGCCAUGUCACUCAUUGGAGCCACACUAAUCACAACUUGCUCCGGACCCAUAUCAGACUGGCUAGGUCGGCGUCCAAUGCUUAUAAUGUCGUCGAUAUUCUAUUUUGUUAGUGGUUUGAUAAUGUUGUGGUCACCUAAUAUCUACGUCCUACUUUUAGCAAGGCUAUUAGAUGGAUUUGGGAUUGGUUUGGCAGUCACUCUUGUCCCAGUCUAUAUAUCUGAGACUGCACCCUCUGAUAUAAGAGGAUCGUUAAAUACUCUUCCGCAGUUCACUGGUUCUGGUGGAAUGUUUUUAGCAUACUGCAUGGUUUUUGGAAUGUCUCUGAUGGCCUCACCAAGCUGGCGGUUAAUGCUUGGAGUUCUUUCUAUUCCCUCUCUUGUUUAUUUUGCCUUAACGGUGCUAUAUUUACCUGAAUCUCCACGGUGGCUUGUGAGUAAAGGGAGGAUGCUUGAGGCAAAACAAGUUUUGCAGAGAUUACGUGGCAGAGAAGAUGUUUCAGGUGAGAUGGCCUUGCUGGUUGAAGGUCUUGCAGUUGGCGGUGAAACAUCUAUAGAAGAGUACAUAAUAGGCCAAGCCGACGAACUUACUGGUGAUCAGGAACUAACUGCUGAGAAAGACCACAUCAAAUUGUAUGGGCCAGAAGAGGGUCUCUCCUGGAUUGCCAAACCUGUCACUGGACAGAGCAGUCUUGGCCUUGUCUCCAGACAUGGAAGCAUGGUAAACCAGAGCGUGCCUCUUAUGGAUCCUCUUGUGACUCUUUUUGGCAGUGUCCAUGAAAAACUCCCGGAGACAGGAAGUAUGCGAAGCAUGCUAUUUCCCAAUUUUGGCAGCAUGUUCAGUACAGCAGAGCCUCAUGUUAAAAAUGAACAGUGGGAUGAAGAGAGCCUGCAGAGGGAAGGUGAGGGUUAUGCAUCAGACACUGGCGGGGCAGACUCUGAUGACAAUUUGCAUAGCCCAUUAAUAUCACGUCAAACAACAAGCAUGGAAAAGGACAUGGUCCCUCCUCCUUCCCAUGGCAGCGUUCUAAGCAUGCGACGCCAUAGCAGUCUCACGCAAGGGAAUGCUGGAGAAGCAGUUAGUAGUACAGGCAUCGGUGGUGGUUGGCAGUUGGCAUGGAAGUGGUCUGAGAGGGAAGGUGAAGAUGGAAAGAAGGAAGGAGGAUUUAAAAGGAUUUACUUGCAUGAGGGAGUCCCUGGUUCCAGGCGUGGGUCUCUUGUUUCUCUUCCUGGUGGUGAUGCUCCCGAGGAAGGUGAGUUUAUCCAGGCUGCUGCUCUGGUAAGCCAACCUGCUCUUUAUUCCAAGGAACUUAUGGAUCAGCAUCCAGUUGGACCGGCAAUGGUUCACCCAUCUGAGACUGCUUCAAAAGGUCCAAUUUGGGCUGCUCUUCUUGAACCAGGAGUCAAGCGUGCAUUAUUUGUUGGGGUUGGAAUUCAAUUACUUCAGCAGUUUUCUGGCAUAAAUGGGGUUUUGUACUACACUCCUCAAAUUCUCGAGGAGGCGGGCGUUGAAGUUCUUCUAACCAAUCUCGGCCUUGGUACAGAGUCUGCGUCUUUCCUUAUUAGUGCAUUCACAACCCUUUUGAUGCUUCCUUGUAUAGCUGUUGCCAUGAGGCUUAUGGAUGUCUCUGGCAGGAGGACGCUGCUGCUCACAACGAUUCCUGUCUUGAUAGUGUCACUUGUUAUCCUAAUCAUUGCCAAUUUCUUAACCCUUAGCACAGUUGUUCAUGCAAUAAUCUCAACCAUCUGUGUGGUGGUGUACUUCUGCGUCUUUGUCAUGGGCUAUGGACCAAUUCCGAAUAUCCUCUGCUCAGAGAUAUUCCCUACUCGGGUUCGUGGCCUCUGCAUUGCCAUCUGUGCCCUAGUUUACUGGAUUGGAGACAUCAUUGUUACCUACACGUUGCCUGUGUUGCUAAGUUCAAUUGGCCUAGCCGGUAUCUUUGGCAUUUAUGCUGUUGUGUGUGUCAUCUCUUGGGUCUUUGUCUUCUUGAAGGUUCCCGAAACCAAGGCCAUGCCGCUUGAAGUUAUUAUAGAGUUCUUUGCUGUUGGUGCAAGGCAGGCUGUUGCUGCCAAGAAUGAGUAAUUUUUGGGAGAUUAGAAAUACACCAGUUCUUCCAUGAUUUUAGCAGUUAAAGAUUACAUUCAUCUUCCCUCUGAGGAGCUUUUGUGCAUCGUGAUUGCAUGCAUAGAGAGCAUGUCAUAUUUUACAACUUGAAAAAAUUUUCAGCCAUCUGUUUAAUGAUAUGGCAAAGUUUGAAUUAGUACAUUCCAUUUAAUUGAUGAGUGCAGAUCUCAGGUUUCAUGUUA